AUGGAGCCAAAAGUAAUCAAGAUCUCCCACAUCAGCCCCGCAACUGAUCCGGCCCACGACUCUCUCGACCCAUUCAUCCUCCCACUCACCUUCCUCGACUUACGUUGGGUAAGAUCAUACCCUUCACAGCAAGUCAUCUUCUACAAACUCCCACACCUAUCACACGAGUUUUUCCACUCCGUACUCCUCCCUAAGCUCGAGCGCUCUCUCUCCCUCGCACUCCGCCACUACAUCCCUUUAGCUGGUCACCUCACGUGGAACCAACAAGACCCUAAGCCCCGAGUCAUUGUCUCCCACCACGACACUGUCAAACUAACAGUAUCCGAGUCCAACGCUGAUUUUCACUUUAUAUCCAGCAAAGGGCUACGUCCCCAGUCAGAGUUACGUGUCUUGGUCCCUGAGCUAUCGAUUUCUUGUGACUCAGCAUCUCUAUAUGCUUUGCAAAUCACGUUGUUCCCAAACCAAGGGUUUUGCAUCGGCUUAGCAGAACAUCAUGUUUUGAAAGACGGUACAGGAUCUAUAAUGUUCAUCAAUGCAUGGGCUCACGUUUGUAAAUCAUUGGACCACGUGGCAAUGAAUUUAACUAGUCUUCCAAAGGAGUUUACUCCAAUAAUAGAUCGUACCCUCAUCAAUGUUCGGCCUAGUUUUGAAUCCAAGGUUUUGGAGUCCAUGUCGUACUUCUUGGAUGAAAAAAAUGGGAAGCGGACCAUGAAGCCGCCUCAAGUGGGGGAGAUUUGUAACGACCUUGUUCGAAUCACACUAGAGAUGACUCAGGAGACAGUCGAUAAACUCAAAGAGCAAGUCACGCGAGAGUCAACUCAUUUAUCAACGUUUGUUAUAGUAAACGCCUAUGUUUGGAGCUGUCUAGUGAAGGCACGUGGAGUCAACGAAGAGAGACCAUUACGUUUCAUGUAUGCAGCUGAUUGUAGGAACCGGUUAGAUAUUCCCAAGAGGUACUUGGGGAAUUGUUUGGUUCUUAUAAAUUGCAUUGGUUACAAAGCAAAUAAAUUAUUGGGAAGAGAUGGUUUUAUCAAUGCGGUUGAGAUUCUUAGCGACUCGGUUAAAGGUUUGGGUUCACAAGGGACUGAAGAACUUUUGGAGUCUUACUUUGAUGGAAUGAAGCAAGUGCAAACGGAUACUCAUGUUGAGUCUGUCUCUGGGUCAAACCGGUUAGGGUUUUACAAGGCGGAUUUUGGGUGGGGAAAACCGGUUAACCAUGAGAUUGUGUCAAUUGAUAAGUAUCCAGCGUAUUCGAUGUGGGAGAGGAGGGAUGAGACUGAUGGUGCUGAGAUUGGUUUGUGUUUGAAGAAAAGUGAGAUGGAGCCUUUUAUUUCUUUGUUUAAACAUGGUUUGGAAAUAAUUGAAUCACAAAGUGUGUGA